AUGGCCGAAUACCUAGACUACGGAUGGCGUAACAGUGACCUUAUAACCGAAUCAAUCAACAAAACCCUAUUCAAAAACAUCACCGCAAACGACCGAGACGUUGCAAUCAAAGCCCUAAGAAACCAAAUAAAAAGCUGUGACGAUUUUGACCUAAAAAACAACCUCCCAUUGGACGAUGAUGCCUUUCUACAAAAAUUCCUAUUUGCCAGAAAGUUUAUACUAGAAGACAGUUUUGAACUAAUCAAAAACCACUAUUAUUACCGCAAAAGAAACCCGGAAAUGUUCAGAGACUUGAGUUUAAGUGCUAGUGACGUAAGAAAAGCUUUAGAAAACGGCCUGCCAGGUGUGCUAAAAGACAAAGACCGCAAAGGCCGCUGCGUCCUUUUAUUAACAGGCAACAAUUGGGAUUGUUCUUACAGCCUCAUGACAAUUUACAGGGCCUUAAUGGUUUGCCUAGAAUAUUUAACCAACGAUUUGCACAAUCAGGCAAACGGUUUUGUGGUGAUUGUCGAUUGGACAGAGUUUACUUACAGACAAACUUCGUAUCUUAAACCGUCGAUUUUAAGGCUAAUGAUUGAAGGACUACAGGAUUGUUUUCCUGCUGUUUUCAAGGGAGUGCAUUUUAUUGGACAGCCUUGGUACGUGGAUGCUGCAAUGACUGUUACAAAGCCGUUUUUAAAGGAGGAAAUUAAGGAGAGGAUUUUUAGUCACGGGAAUAAUAUGAGUAAUUUGCAUCAGAUGGUGCACAGGGAUAUUUUGCCUGCUGAAUUAGGGGGCGAACAACCCAGCUAUAAUCCAAGAUCGUUUUUGGAUUUGUUAUUGGAUGAGAAGUAG